CUAAUUGCAUGCAUUAAUUAAUCCCAACGACCCGCCGACCCCCACCCCCCUAUACAUAGAGCAUACAUCCGUGUGUGCUAACCAUCGAGGCUACUGGCUCCCGCGCGAUGGCAGCAAUGGCGGUCCUCGUCAUGUUCUUCGUCGCUGCGGCCCUAGCAGCGGCAGGCGGUGCGGAGCUUGUCGAGCACACCUUUGUUGUGAGCCAGGUUAAGCUAAAUCGGUUGUGCAACGACACGCUGGUCACUGUGGUGAACGGGCAAUUCCCAGGUCCAGCGAUAGAGGUUAAUGAAGGAGACUCGGUGGCUGUUCAAGUCGUCAACAAGUCCCCCUAUGGACUAACAAUUCACUGGCAUGGAGUGAAGCUGCAACUCAACUGCUGGGCAGAUGGAGCGGGGAUGAUAACCCAAUGCCCCAUCCAGCCGAACAAGAACUUCACCUACCGAUUCGACGUCGCCGGCCAGAAGGGCACGCUGUGGUGGCACGCUCACGUUGGCAGUCUCCGGGCAAGCAUCCAUGGCGCCUUGAUCAUCCGGCCAAGAUCCGGGGCCAGCUCAUACCCGUUUCCCAAGCCUGACAAGGAGAUCCCGAUCGUUAUAGGCGAAUGGUGGGAGAUGGACCUUGAUCAGCUAGACAAGAACCUUAGGAACGGUUACCAUUUAGAUAUGCCUAGAGCAGCUACCAUCAACGGGAAGCCUGGAGAUCUGUACAACUGCUCUGGGACCGUCAAAGACAGCAACAUUGUGAAGGUGGAGCAUGGCAAGACAUAUUUGUUGCGGAUAGUGAACGCUGCGCUGAGCUCAGAGUAUUACUUGAAGAUCGCCGGGCACAAGUUCACGGUUGUGGCUGCUGACGCCAACUAUGUCAAGCCAUACAUCACAGACGUCAUCGCGAUCGCGCCAGGCGAGACCGUCGACGCUCUGCUUGUCACCGACGCGCAUCCUGCUGGCAGAUACUACAUGGUCGCCAAGGCCAGCCAGUCGCCCAAGCCUGUGCCCCAGAUCCCGCUCUUCAUCACAAGAGGGAUAGUGCAAUACAGUGAGGGUCCAAGAAAAGAAGAGGAGAAAGCUCUAUCUGAUAGUAGCACGUCAUCAAUAAUGGCGCCUGAAAUGCCGGACGAGCACGACGCGGCCACUUCCUUCUACUUCCAUGGCAACUUGACAAGCCUGCAGCCUCAGCCGGUGCCGGCCAACGUCCAUGAGCACCUCUUCUACGCCCUUGACGGGGGCUUCUUCUGUAGAAAAGGCGAAUCAUCCUGCAACAAUGAUACUAAUAUGAUGGGCAUGGUGAACAACGUCUCCUUUCAGCUCCCCACAACGACACCAUUGCUGCAGGCGCACUACCACGGCAACAUGAGCAGCAUCGGCACGCUGCGGGAACUACCUGACAGGGCACCCAGGAUGUUUAACUAUAGCAAAACGCUGGAACCGACGUCCAAGGCAACGUCGGUGAGAAGGCUGCGGUACAACGUCACGGUGGAGAUCGUGUUCCAGAGCCCGGUGCUGGCGGACACAUACUCUAACCCCAUGCACCUCCAUGGCCACGACUUCCUCGUCCUCGCGCAGGGGUUCGGACAAUACAACGCCGAGACAGACGUGGCGACGUACAACCUGUUGGAUCCGCCGGUGAGGAACACCGUCCAUGUCCCAAUAUUCGGGUGGGCGGCCGUCCGAUUUGUCACCAACAAUCCAGGUGUGUGGUUCCUGCACUGCCAUUUGGGGCACCACUCGUCGUCAGGCAUGGCGGCAGCUUUCGUGGUGGAGAACGGUCCAACUUUGGACUCGACUCUUCCACCGCCUCCGGAAGAUUUUCCAAGCUGCGAGAACUACAAUAGUAGAGUGGCAUAUGAAUAAAGGAAAUAUGUUCUUGUUUCGAGAUUCGCAUGUUUCUACUUUCGAAUAACGCCUAACUAGACUGGGUUGCCCUGUCUAGAACAUUAAUUUUAAGGUCUGAAAUCGAGUAUCAUUUAAUAGCGAGGAUAAAAUGGACCUCGACAAUGCUAUUACCAGUAUAAGCUGGAGUAGAUAAAACCCGCUCUUUAUCGGGAAAAAGAUGAAUGGAGUAAAUAUGUAUGGACUUAUUUUUCGGUGUA